ACUUGCCAAAAAAAGUACUAACGUAAUAGGGUUCCUUUGCCUCGACCUCAAGCAUUGCAAUAGCAGUACUAGAACGAUCGCUCGCGCUGCCAGUUUGCCACAGUGCCACUGCUGCUUUGUCUAUUAGAGUAUAUCAACCAUCAUAUCUAUUGUGAUUUUAGCUCUCUGCUGGUGAGGGAGCAAAAUAUGGGACUGGUUAUUUUUGCUUAGGAUGAACAUCAGGAAUCUUUUCGGGUGCUAUUGGAAGUGUAAAAGGAAGUUCUUCAAAUCCACAACGUAUUUAACCAUUUUGCAGACACUUUUUCUAUCCAGAAGCUACACUACUCAUAGACUGAAACAAGAUAGUGAUAUCAAAAGUCUAAAUAAGGCACUGAGAAUUGUGAAUCUUGUCUCUCCAAAAUCCACUCAUGUUAACAAUCAACAUGGCCAUCUUCAACUUAUUCAGGACUUAAUACAAACUCAUUCAAAGCGUAUUAGUGAAGUAAAAUCACCCAAUGACUUUGGAAUUCCAUGUUCCAGACACCAAAUUCCAUCUGAUCAAGUGCUUCCUUCUUUCUCUUUCAAGGAUGAUGUAGUAUCAGAAGUUUUUGAAUUACACAGGGAAGGGUUGAGAAUUGAUGUUGCAGUGCUUCCACAUGCGCUAAGUGUUUGUGGGUAUACAGGAAAUCUUCAUUGUGGGACUCAGCUCCAGUGCUUAGCUAUCAGAGAUGGGUUGUCUAUGAACGUUUAUGUUGCAAGUUCUUUAAUUAGCAUGUACUCAAAGUGCGGGGAAUUACGCUCUGCUUCUAUGGUGUUUGAGGAGAUGCCUUUGAGAAAUGUUGUAUCAUGGACUGCUUUUAUUUCUGGAUUUGCGCAGAAAUACCAAGUAGACGCCUGUUUGGAGCUUUAUAGCCAAAUGAGACAUUCAUCUCUUAAACCUAAUGAUUAUACAUUAACAAGUCUCUUGAGUGCGUGUGUAGGUAAUGGCUCUCUUAGACAAGGAAAAAGUGCUCAUUGUCUGGCAUUUCUAUCGGGGUUUUAUUCAUAUUUACAUGUUGCCAACGCUCUUGUCUCAAUGUAUUGCAAGUGUGGUAAUAUCGAAGAUGCUUUUUGUGUAUUUGAAUCAAUGCAUGAUAAAGAUAUUGUUUCAUGGAAUUCCAUGAUUUCGGGCUAUGCGUUGCAUGGACUAGCAUGGAAAGCUAUUGAUCUCUUUGAGGAGAUGAAAAGGCAGAAAAUGAAGCCUGAUUGUAUUACAUUCCUAGGUGUUCUCUCAUCAUGUCGUCAUGCUGGUCUUGUUAAACAAGGGCAUAUGUAUUUUAAUUCAAUGAUAGAGUAUUGUGUGGAGCCUGAUUUGGGUCAUUACUCAUGCAUUGUUGAUCUUCUUGGUCGAGCUGGCCUAGUUGAUGAGGGCCGGAAUUUUAUUUUGGACAUGCCAAUAAAACCCAAUGCUGUCAUAUGGGGCUCACUUCUUUCUUCUUGUAGGCUUCACGAUAAUGUUUGGAUUGGAAUAGAGGCUGCUGAGAACAGGCUUGAACUAGAGCCUUCAUGUGCAGCCACCCAUAUGCAGCUUGCAAAGUUGUAUGCAAGAGUAGGGAUGUGGGACCAGGUUGCCAAAGUGUGGAAAAUGAUGAAGGACACAGAGCUCCAAACAAAUCCUGGAUACAGCUGGAUUGAGAUAGGGAAUGAAGUCAUCAGCUUUAAAGCAGAUGACACUGCCAACUCCAGAAUGAAUGAGGUUUUCUGCAUGUUGGAGGGUUUGAAGUGUCAGCUCAAAUCAGAUCAUGUGCCUGAAUCUCAGGAAGAGUUUGAUGGUUAUUCUUGCACAAGUUUUUCUUGAUAAAUGGGGAGAAUAAUGCUAAUACACAAAGUCCAGCUGCUAUGUUUGUGUGCAGGCAUCCACAGCUACUGAUUGAUUUUGAGGUCGGGACCUAUACAUGUCCAUACACAUUCAGUCUUAUAAAAUCUCCACUGUGUUGAUCAUGAUCUGCGCCUGUUUCUCAAUUGGCUUCUCCAUAGCUGUCCUUGGUGUCAAGUGGCUUUGUUGGGAUUUUGGGAAAUCAAUUGUCCAUGUGCUUUCUUUGACCAAGGUUUCCUGAUUGGCGAAAGUGACGUUAUGUGUCCAUAUCUACUAUUGAAUCUGAUGAAGUAAAAGUUUCUCAUGUACCUGCCAAGACAUAUUGGGUAUGUCAGCUACUACGGGAUAUGCUGGGUUGUCUCUGCUUUCGACUUCUCUACAGUCCUACAUCAGCAUAUAACCCUACAGUGACACGGUUUAAUCAGCUGCAUGUCUAACUUAAGUUUCUUGAAAGGAGUUAGCAAGUCAGCAUUGAUAUUCACUAUCGUUGAGCAUGUUUGAUAAGGCGAUCCUGGGCGUGUUUUGUUCCUUGUGUUAAUUCAUUUGUCCUGAGGAUGUUUCACAUAGUGAUAUCAUCUAAUCCAGGUGCGCAAUUUAGUCAUUUACCUAGAAACUUCUGCUUACAGACAUUUUACAAAAUGGGUUAUCCUCCCUUAUCCAGAUUUUGGGUGUAAUAUUAUAGAUAUAAGAGUUGUAGUUUUGGCCUUUUGGACAUCUGUGGACUUUUUUGUGUUAUUACUUAUUUAGUUAUUUACUAUUCAUCUUCUAAAUAGAAUGAAACCGGCUCCUUUCCUUGUACAAUAUACUUGCUGAACGACUUUGUAUCCUGCGUACUCUCAUGUGGCAUAAUCUUUUUGAUUACUCGUGACCAGACAUUAAUAUGCAU